AUAUAACAUUACAAAAUGGUAUUAACGAUUAUACUAAUUACUCUGUUCAUAGUUAUAUUUCUUCAAAUAUUAUCGAAGUUUUAUCAAAUUUAUGUUUAUCGUAAGACGAUUAAUAGAAUACCUGGUACUGUUGGUUUUCCCUUCAUCGGUAUCCUAAUCAAUUUAAUGAAAUUAACGAAAUACGAAUAUUAUGAAUCCUACUGUAAAGAUCCGUUUCGAUAUAAAAAAGGAAUUUAUAAAUUAUGGUUGGGAAAUCAAGCAUUAGUGUACAUUUACAAGCCCGAAUAUGUACAGAUCCUUCUCAACAAUAGUACGAACAUAAACAAAUCGUUCUUUUACAAUAACUUUAAGCCUUGGUUAGGAAAUGGUCUUAUAACAUCGAGAGGUUCUAAAUGGUUUCACGACAGAAAAUUGAUUACUCCGGCAUUUCACUUUUCUGCUCUCGAUAAUUUCAUAACAGUAAUGGUGGAAAAGGCUGAAAUUUUGAUUAAUCGUAUAGAGAAAGAAUUGGAAAAAAAUUUAGGAAAAAAUGCAAUCAAUAUUAAUCCAUUGAUUUCUGAUUUUACGUUGGAUGUUAUAUGCGAAACUGCAAUGGGCGUUAACAUACAUGCACAGGAAAAUGCAACUACUGGUUACAGCAAUCACAUACGCAGAGUCACUAGUGCAGUAAUGUAUCGUAUUAUACAUCCUUGGCUGAAUUUUGAUUGCAUAUUUGCUUUGACAGCCCAAGGGAAGAAAUAUUUUUCAUCAAUCAAGGAGAUACAUCGUUUUGACAGAGAGGUGAUAAAGAAGAAGAAAGAGGCACGUCGAUUAAAAUGCAAAGAAGCCAACGAAUUUGACGAAUUUGGUAGAAAAAAAAAGAAAGCCUUUUUAGAUAUUUUAUUAGAUAUAAACGAAAAUAAUUCUAAUCCAUUGUCGGACGAGGAUAUAAGGGAACAAGUAGAUACAAUAAUGUUCGCUGGUCACGAUACUAGUUCUUCCGCUAUUAUUUGGACAUUGUUAUGUUUGGCAACCGAGCCUGAAAUACAAGAUAAAGUUUACGAGGAACUUAAAAAUGUAUUCGAUGAAUUCGAUAGUCCAAUCAGUAUAAAAACAAUUUUUCAAUUAAAAUAUUUGGAAAGGGUAUGCAAGGAAACUUUAAGGCUCUUUCCAGUAAUACCUACAUAUUCACGGCAAAUAACAGAGGAAAUAAUGAUAGAUAAAUACGUAAUUCCAAAGAAUACAAUAUUGUCGAUUCACGUUUAUGGUUUGCAUCAUGAUCCCGAAAUUUGGACGAAUCCAGAGAAAUUUGAUCCAGAUAGAUUUUUGACCGAUGAAACGCAACAUAGAAAUCCUUAUUCUUUUUUACCGUUUAGCGCCGGACCAAGAAAUUGUAUCGGACAGAAAUACGCGAGUCUAGAACAGAAAUUAGUUAUAGCAAUGUUGUUGCGAAAAUGGAUCGUCAAAUCUUCAAUUCAACGAAAGGACGUCAAGAUAUAUCAUUCUAUCGUUUUACAACCGUUACAUGAUCUACAUUUGUAUUUUGUACCGAGACAAGUAUAUAUAAAUAUAAUAAUUAUUAAAUUAAUACAAAUUAUGGAUUCCACGUUUUUGUUAUUGACCAGUAUAAGCGUUCUUAUUUUCAUAAAAAUAUUUCUAUCGUUAUACAGUGCAUAUGUUUUUCGUAAAACGGUCAACAAACUUCCAGGACCUCGAGGGAAUAUUUUAUUUGGUACCUCGUCGUCCGCAAGAAAAUUAAAAAAAGAAGAUCGACUUUUGAAAGUACAAAUUUGUUCGAUUAAAUACAAGGAUGGAUUAUUUAGAACCUGGUUAGGGACCGAAGCAACCGUUCACAUACAUAAACCCGAACAUGUCGAGAUAAUUCUUCGAAGUACUACGAAUAUAGAAAAGGCACCCCUAUACAAAUACAUGGAACCUUGGUUGGGACAGGCACUUUUAACGUCAACAGGAAAGAAAUGGAUGCGGGACAGGAAGUUGAUCACUCCUGCUUUUCAUUUUAACAUAUUGGAACAAUACGCAAUUGUGAUGUCAGAGAAAGCAGAUAUUUUUGUGAAAUGUCUCGAAAAACACAUAAACAUAAAUCCACAGGAAUCGAUCGACAUAUUUCCAUACGCCAAUCGAUGCACAUUGGAUGUGAUAUGCGAGACGGCAAUGGGAGUGAAUAUAAAUAUGCAAGAAGAUACGGAGAAUGAAUAUGGCAAGGCCGUUCAUAGAUUCACCGAAUUACUUAUGUAUCGUAUAUUUCGUCCCUGGCUAGCCUGGGAUUGGGUAUUUGCAUUGACCGAAGUAGGAAAGGAAUAUUAUUCUGCCAUAAAUAUUAUGCAUACAUUUACUCGAGAGGUGAUUAAAAAAAAGAAAUUGGUGAGAGAAUCAAAAUGUAAUAUAGCCAAUGAAAACUCUCUAAUAUUUAAUGAGAUAGGUAAACCAACAAGAAAAGCUUUUUUGGAUCUCUUAUUAGAUGCCAGAGAAAGCGAUGGAAAUCAUAUGACGGAUGAGGAAUUAAGAGAACAAGUGGAUACUGUUAUGUUUGCUGGACACGAUACAACCGCUGCGGCCAUAAGUUGGACGCUCUUCCUUUUGGGUAACAACGAGGAUAUACAAAAUAAGGUACACGAGGAGCUCGAUUAUAUUUUUAGCGAUUCGAACGAAUCAGCUACGACGAAAGAGAUAUCUCAAUUGAAAUAUCUAGAUAGGGUGGCUAAAGAAGCAUUGAGAUUGUAUCCCAGUGCUCCUGGAUUUUUACGAAAACUUUCGGAAGACGUGAAGAUAGAUGAUUACAUCAUUCCAAAAGGUUGCGUUGUGGCUUUGAGCUCGUUUGGUACACACCGACAUCCGGAUAUAUGGCCAAAUCCGGAAGAAUUUAAUCCCGAUAGAUUUUUACCAGAAAAUUCAAAGGGCAGGCAUCCAUAUUCUUACAUACCGUUCAGCGCAGGACCGAGAAAUUGUCUUGGACAAAAGUAUGCUCUAUUGGAAGAGAAAUUCGUUCUUACUGCGAUCUUACGUAAAUGGAAAGUGAAAAGCGUUCAAAACCAGGACAACAUUAAGUUUUACGGUGCUCUCAUUUUGAGACCAUCCGAAGGAAUAUAUCUUCAUUUCAUACCAAAGAAAUAAGUACAUUGAAUAACGUUAAUACAGAUUUUUUUUUUUAUUGUAAUUCAUCGCUCUUUGUAUUUGUACAAAAUUGCUUUCAUGUUUCUUUCUCCUUUUUUUUUUUUUCUUUUGAUUUUUAAUGAGAAUAAAAUCAAAUGUUAGAAAUAAUACUUUUAUUAUAAAUACGCAAUAGUACUAUAAUUAGACUUAAAAAAUUUGUUACUGUAUUAAAUCGUGGUUAAAAAACAA